AUGGAUUAUGAUAUAGAGACUGUAGUUCAGCAGUGUGCACAGUGUCAGCAGUUGAGGAAUCUACCUCCCGACGCCCCUUUGCAGCCUUGGGAAUGGCCAGAGAAGCCGUGGUCCAGAUUACAUCUAGAUUAUGCAGGGCCAUUUAUGGGCAAGAUGUUUCUGGUGGUAAUUGAUGCACAUUCUAAGUGGAUUGAUGUUCACGCCACAAAUUCGGCUACUUCAUCUGCUACCAUUGAAAAAUUACAAGUUACUUUUGCGUCACAAGGUUUACCCGAGAUUGUAGUGACGGAUAAUGGCACGAACUUCUGCAUUUCAUUUAAGGUGAAAUUGCUGGAUGGACGAACGGUGCGACGUCAUCUGGACUACGUAAGAAGAAGAGAUAGACUGGAUGAAGAGGAGGGCAACGCGGAUGAUUUAUCUCCACCAGUUGUGGACAUCGUGAAUUCAGCAUCGGGAGCCAGUGAACAAGGUUCGGAACCAUCUAGUUCCGUGCCACCCCUAACUGUUUCGGGACGCUCGAAUGACUGGCCACCAUAUAGUACAGGAGAAGUCAAGGAACCUGUUUUGGCACACCCGAACAAUGUGCCAACUCAGGUUUGGGAACAACAGCCCGGGCAUGGAUCGAAGCCCCGACAGCCAGCUCUGGAGCAACCCUCGGGGGAGGUGACAUGUCGUCGGUCAGAGAGACUUCGCAAGGAACCAGAUCGUCUGCAGAUCACUUGGGAUUAA